GCAGAGAGAAAAUGGCACAGCCUUGCGGCAUCGGCCAGAAGGUACCUUAUGUACUUUAGACCGCGCCUGGUCUGUUGAUUCGCGCCUCUCAAUCGCCGUCCACCCUCGCCGUCUCGCUCGCGAGAGCCAUACUCGUCGACAUCCUCGACAUGUCGUUACCUGCAGUGUCGAUACCGGGACUUCCGAUCCAUUUCGACAACACGUUCGGAGCGACAAUGAUCGGCGGGUUCGUUACCACUGUGUUGUACGGCAUUUUAAUUGUGCAGGUGUACAUGUAUUUCCAACGAUCAAAAGGCGAGCUUAUUGUGCUACGACUAUCAAUCUGGCUCCUGGGAAUCCUUAACACUGUGCACUUAAUAUGCAUUAUUCACUCUCUUUACUUUUAUAUGGUAACAAACUUCGCAAAUCCGCUUGUGCUGGCGCAGAUAGUCCCUUGGAGCUUACCGCUCGUCGUUUUCUUCACAACUGCAACCGACUUGGUGGUGCAAGCCUGGUUCACGUUUCGCGUAUGGACGUUGAGCAAAGGCAAUCGUCCACUUACUUUCGCUCUGGCCGCCUGCAGCAUUUGUGUCCUCGGUAUAAGCACUGGCAUUACUAUUAGAUUCUAUCAGUUGAAGGACUUCGCGAAUUAUUCUAAGGCGAACUGGCUAGUGUUCCUCGGCCUAGGCCUGACCGUCGCGACCGAUUUCCUCAUCGCGAUUUCGCUCUGCUAUUAUUUGUUCCACAUGAGAUCAGUGGUCCAUCGGACGUCGACAAUUGUCAAUGGGUUGAUGAUAUAUGCCGUCAACACUGGUCUCUUGACCUGUAUCCUCUGCAUCGCAUGCUUGAUUACUCCCUGCCCGAUGCAGCGCCUCACAGAACCAGACAAUUUCAUAUUUAUCGGCAUAUUCUUCCCCCUGAGUAGCACGUACUCUAACGCCCUUCUGGGAUCGCUGAACGCACGCGACUGGUUCCGUAACAAGAGGGACGCGGUGACUAUUCCUUUGUCAAGCCUGGGCUCCACGGGCGGAACCAACAGCGGCUCGAACCCUACGCGCGUGAUCUCGUCGAAAGUUGAUGUGGAGAGGGGCGCAGAAUGGAACCCGGCUGGGAUCGCAGUGCAGGUCAACACAGACGUGGUGAAAGCGACGCUCUAACGGUGGUCGCUUUCUUGGCAUGUUCCGAGCGUCCCCCAUUCUUCAGUUAAGCCGUCCGCGUCAGGGCCUGUCGUUAAGGCAGCACUCCCGUAAUCUGUAGUAUAGUAUACUGACCUCAUGCGUGCCUAUGAAUUUUGAAUAUUGAUGCAUCCUCACAAGCGAGCAGUGGCGC